CCAAGGGUUUGGAAAGAAAAGAAAGCCGAGUUUUGUACAGGAGUAUCUGGAUGGAUCCAUCGUCAAAGCUGAGGAUGUCCAGAAAACGUUACAGGCCAUGGAACAAGACACUUCGCACAAUCACGUCCGUGGAGCUCUAGAGCCGAUCAUUCAAGCCAUGGUGGAUUAUACUGGGAUUCUAGAUACACUGUGCCAAGCAGACCCAAUGCCGACAGCGCUGGUCUGGGGCUCUCUGAGAGCCUUGGUGGGGUGUUGUGGAAGAUACGUGAACCUUUACAAGCUCAUCAGAGGGCAGCUUAACAAGUUGACAAAUGAAUUGAAUCGACUGAAGGAGUACGAGGAUCUUUUCGGGCACUCCGAUGCCAUGCAAGAACUUCUGAAAGCGUCCUAUCUAGAGAUACUUCGAUUCUAUGCAAAGGUUGAGAGUCAAUGUCGCCAUUCGGGUGCAUUCCUAGCUAUAAAAUCCUUGACGUCCUUCAGCCUGAAGAAGAUCGACGACAUUCUGGCAACAAUCUCUGAGAAUGGAAACGACAUCGCGAAGCUCGUCUCAAUUAUUCAAGAGCGAAUUUAUCAAGAGACUCGAAAAGAUACAUUCGAAGAGUACGGCAAAGCUGAAAUCGCCCGUAAUGAUAUACUUCGUAUCAUCAAGAUGCAGCGUGAGGAGAAACAGAUUCGUGAUGAAGACAGAAGAGAUAAGAGAAAGAGGGAAGUACGACAGUGGAUUCAAGGGAUGUCCACUCUCAAUGAGAGCAACUAUCUUCGCCAAAGAAAAGGAGAAAGAGCGCUCGAAAGAAGCACAGCCACAUACCCCUGGCUUCUACAGACCACCGACUUCCAAGCAUGGCUUUCACAGAAAGCCUCAACUCGUGGACUAUGGUUGAGAGGCGGAUCCGGCACAGGGAAGUCUGUGGUUUGCUCUUAUGUUAUCAAACACAUCAAGGCUACUACUGCCGAUGCUGCGAUUGCAUUUCAAUAUUACAGCUUCAAUGAGCCUCUCUCAUCGACAACGGUCUACCGGAAUAUCGUACAGCAGCUUCUUGAUCAGCUCUAUUUAAAGGGAGAUGAUGUAUCAGACGAGAUAUAUGAUCUUACCAAGAACAAGAGUGACAAUCAAGAGAGCAUGAAAGAAAUGAUCGUACUUUUGAUCUCCGAACUAUCUCAGACGUUCAUUCUUCUUGAUGGGCUUGAUGAAGAGUGCGUGGACAAUAGAUGGGAGGAAGCAUCAGAAGUAGUCAGCUUUCUCUCGAGUCUUGCAAAAGAUGCAACUGCCGGACUAUGGUUCAGCAGUCAGGAACGUUCCUCCAUUAACAGAGUGCUAGGCUCGCUGCCCACCAUUCAGCUUAGCGAAAUGACGAACAAAGACACGGUCGAAGCAUUUCUCACUAAUGCUAUUCCAUUGUUGGAAGACAUGAAUCUUGACCCUGGAACUCAGACUCUCGUCAUCGAGGAGCUGAAGAGUAAGGCUAGAGGAAAUUUCUUGUGGGCGUUCUUGAUGAUAGAGGAUAUCAGAGAUGCCCCAAACUUGCAAGACUUGCAGAGGCGGUUGAAAGACGCACUACCUGGAGACUUCGAGAAAUAUUACCACCAGAAGAUCCAAGGUAUCGAUGAGAAGCACCGUCACACGGUCAGUAAAAUAUUGUCCAUCCUCUGCUUUGCCAAGAGACCGCUACUGCUGGAAGAACUUUGCGAGGCUGUGGGAGCUUGUGAAACAGACCACGGCCGGAAUAUAAGCAAGAGCGCACCCCUCUUCAGGCACAAAGUGCUCGAACUUUGUGCACCUCUUGUCGAGAUCCAAGAAGUCAAGGAGGCUGAAGACAAGAUCAAAUACGUGUGCUCACUGUCGCAUGCAGCGGUACACAGCUUUCUACUCAAGAAUCCACGAAUUCUUUCAAAAUCGUCCACGCGAAGAGUAGACGACGAGACCUUGCUGAUCACCUCUCAAACGCUGGCUAGCGUCUGUUUAGUAUACCUGUCCCAGCCCUGCUACGGACGCUUACUAGAGAAGAAGGACGAUACAUUCGUGACUAAGGAUGGGCAAGACAUCGAGCAGCACCAUUUGAUUUCGUAUGCAGCGAAGUACUGGAGUAUGCAUCUAGACGACGUUCAUCCUACCGAACACUGGGCCAAUCUGGUUUCUGCUUUCGUUAAAUCCAGACACUUCUUGACCUUGCUCCAAGUUCAGAGUCUGAUGGUUGAAGGACAAUUCACGAUGUGGCUCAGCAUCUCAGCCGGACCUGGUUACAAGCGUGUGUUUCCUCGUUGGUUCUCUAAGCACUCCGCCGACGGCGAUCUCUUAUCACACCAGUACAACGAAUUCCUUGGCGAAUGGGCCCUUGUGUUAGAUAAGACUACUUCGAGUCAUGGUCCCUUUCCAGGAGAGUUGAGUCGCUGCUUGUGGGGUACCCUUGGAUCACAGAGCUUCCUGUAUCAAAGUUGCAAGAAGCUGCCACAACCCAAGAGUUUCCCCUUCUUGGCUCGAAAAGAGACCGAAAAGCAACAGCACGAACGAUGUUAUGAUUUUGUCAACGCUUCUGGAGAUGCUCUACAACUUUUCAGAGUUCUGAAAUGCGAUGAUGAUGCUCUUCAGUUUCAAGUCAUGUCUGAAAGGUGGAAGAUGUAUAGUGAACAUUCCCCGAAGGUGAAAGAAAGCUCAACAAUUAUGAUUCCGACAAGUGCAACUCAUCUCUACGAUCAACCCUUGAGGAUGAAAAUUAUUGGGAGACAACCUGUUAUCUCGUGUACGCUUGACUUCAAGUUUGCGCGUAUUGGCUCCCAAAUUUACGGUCACUCGGAAAGUGGCACUUAUGAACAGAUACCAUGUUUGAAUUCAAAUGAGGAAUAUAUCGAGGAAUUAGCAAACCAAGGACGUUUCUUAGCAGCAACAUCUCGGCGCUGCUUAUCUGACAAAGAUCUAGACAAUGGAAUCGGACUGGAUGAUUUCACACUGGAAGAUUUCGGAAAGAUCUUUUCGGAAGCCAUGGAAGAGCUUUCCCGACUUGGUUCGUCGCAGAAAAACCGGGAAUCUUCGACAUCGGAAGAAAACCCACUAACCGAACUUCGUUCGUCAAAUGGGUCUUCUAGGUCUUCGAGUCCGAACUCCUCUCGAAGUUCUAUUAGCAACUCUGAUGAUGAAAAUGAGGAGAAAGCAGAACAAUUAGAGAAAGCAGUUGCUGAGAUGCAAGACAAGGAUACGGAUGCCGACUCUGACUCCUCCAUUGAAUCCAUCAAAUCUCUUUCGGCACGUGAAUCGUGUAGCGAAGCAUCAACAGAGCCCCUCUCAGAUGAAGAGGAUGAUGAACAGUGGAACGAUUGGGCUUCGGAAGCGUCUCUGUCAGACUUUAAGAGUGAUGCUUCUGAAGAUGGCGAUCUCAAAGUCGAAGAAUGGGACGAGGAGAAACAUGGACGACGAGGACGUAGGAGUGUUAUGUAUGAUGAUUCCGAUGACUACUCCGCAAGUGACGAAAUUUCGGAUUCCGAAAACAAUUCCGACGAUUCAUCUCAAAUAUCUAUAAGACGGAUGAUCAUAAGACGGGGACUCUCGGGAGACGAUAGUGAUAGCGACGACAAUAGCGAUAGCGACUUUGGGAGUGACGAGCUCUCUGAUGCGGGUGCUGAUCUUGAGGCCGAACUCAAAAAGCGGAAAAAGGACGUAGCGCUUGGACACCAGCGAGGGAAGCUCCUAGUGUACGACACCCUUUCAGGUAACCCAUCUCCGAUCUUUCGGUAUGAGCAAUUCUGUCCAAGAGUCCUCUACAACUCUCCACCAAUCUUCCAUCCCUCAGCUCCUCUGGUCGUUUGGCCUCUUGGCGCAGGGGACAUCCUGUUUGCCAACUUCUCUGAAAACACUUACUACAUACGAACAAUGCCCUGUUCCGCAACACGCACCUGUCAUGUAUCGAUACAGGGCAAAUUUUCACAUUGUGGUCAAUAUCUGCAUCUUGCCGCCCUUGAAGCUCGAGAAGAUGCUCGUCCUCACCCCGGUCCAGUGAAGCCAUUCAUACAUUUGAGCAUUCAACUCUCGACUCAUAGAAUGUCCAAGAGGAAGACUGUUCGCAGCCCUCCAAGACUUAUCUAUCGCUUUGGGUUAGCUUUGGACUCUGUCGAAGAGCUCUCUGUUUCUCCUUUGCCGUACACCCUUACUUGGACCACCGAUCACCUGUAUGUCUCCAAGAGUCAAAACACACUUCAUGUUAUCCGGGCUCCUCUGUUUCGCCAGCCUAAAGAUGUAACGAUGGGUAAUGAUGACAGCUCUGCAUUGCAAAAAGAGAAACCGGAAUGCCAUUCUCGGAGCAGUGAGAUUUGCUUGCCCAGCUCAGCAACCUCAAGGCAGGUCCAUUAUUUCGCGCCCGUUCCAGGUCCAAAAGCCAAGAACAUUGCGACUGUCGUACUUGGCUCGCGGUCGCCAUCGGGUCUCGGCGGAGUACUAAAAGCAAGAUACGACACACUUCAUCCGCUUGGUGUUUAUCUCGAUGAGCAAGCUCACCUCGGAGGCUGGAAGGUGUUAGAGUCAAAGCCAGAAGAUGGGAAGAAGGCGGCUUGUCUUGGAGGACGACUGCAAGGAAAGUUUGAGAAAUUUGAUAGGACCGAUGAUUGUGAUAUUGUGCCAUAUUUGUACUGAGAGAAGAUUAUC